AUGAAUAUUAAUGCGAGAGAAAUUACUUCUUCCGAAUUACAGAACUUGACUUGGGGCAAAAGGCAUCCAGUGCGAUCAAGAUUGUUGGAUGCUCAACUUUGGUCCGAAUUUUUAGCCAUCAACAAUGAAAUGAUUGUCACAAAAACAGGAAGGAGAAUGUUUCCGGUAAUUAAAACGCAAGUUACCGGAUUGUGUCCGGGAGACAUGUACACUGUAUUUUUGGAGUUUGUGCAAGUGGUUGGACAACGAUGGAAGUACAUUAACAGCGAGUGGUCGCCGACCACUACGUCGGACCCGGCCACAAAGAAUCCGUUUUAUAAACACCCGGAGUCACCGAAUUUUGGAAAACAUUGGAUGGAUCAACCGAUUUCAUUUGCUAAAAUCAAACUCACCAACAGACCGGAUAACCCGGGACAGACUCACUUAAAUUCUUUACACCAAUAUGAGACCAAACUUCAUAUAGUCAAAGUCGGAGAUCCGGACGACGUACAAAUUUUUGCAAUGCCUCAGACCAGGUUUAUGGCAGUCACGGCAUAUCAAAAUGAAGAGGUGACUAAACUUAAAAUCAAAUAUAAUCCAUUUGCCAAGGCAUUUAAAGACACCAAAGUCAAGUCUGAGGAAAAGGAUAGAAGAGAACAUCAAGAUGUUUAUCAGCCAGCACUUGGAUAUGAAAGUAACUUGAACUUUUCUCAUCACGAGAAUUAUAAUGCAACAACAACAUCUGACGAUUGGUUAUCUCAGUACGGAGGCCAAAGAGAACCAAUGAACCGAUGUCAAUGCACAGCUUGUUAUUUUGUUAGACCACAAGUUAAUCAUAAAAAGUGUGUCCCUAUUAACAGUUCUGGCCAAGACUAUGAACACACCACGUAUCAGCCAUCGUCCUACAGUUGGACACAAUUGGGAGGAUAA